UUCUUAUUUACAGCUCACCAUUCAAAGACCUAUUCUAAAUCCCUCCCAAUUGUUAUCCAAAUUAGGGUUUCAAACACUUAUAAAUCUAAUCUAAAUAACCCCCAAAUCCAAUUUUCAUAAUUAACUUUAAAACCCUAACCAAAUUCAAUCAAUUCAUAUAAUUAUAAUUAUGAUACAUAAAUAACAACAUAUAUACAUCGUAUCGAACUAAUCAACUGACCGGAAAGUAAAAUCUCCGAUUACUUGUUUCCAAUGGCGGCGCCGAGGAAUGUUGUGGUGGAGGCCACAAGGUUAACGAUUCCUGAUGAAGAAGCUCCGGCCGCCGAAGAUUCGCCGACUACUAAGAAACCGAUUGGCGCGAAAGGAGACGGAAGGUAUCCGUUAACCGGAUGGGAGUUUACGGUUGCGUUGAGUGUGUUUUUGGUGUUUUGUGUAGGAUUGUUUUGUAUUUAUCUCACAAUGCCAGCUGCUGAGUAUGGAAAACUUAAGCUGCCACGAUCCGUAUCCGAUUUGAGAAUGAUCAAAGAUGACCUUGGAACAUAUGCAAGCAUUUACCCAACAAAGUUCAUUCUGGGUUACUGCUCCACUUACAUAUUCAUGCAAACGUUUAUGAUUCCUGGAACUAUUUUUAUGUCGUUGCUUGCUGGAGCCCUUUUUGGUGUAAAAGGCAUCUUCUUGGUAGUAUUUAAUGCUACGGCUGGCGCAUCUUCAUGCUUUUUUUUGUCAAAGUUAAUUGGAAGGCCCAUAGUUCUUUGGCUGUGGCCAGAAAAGCUGAAAUUCUUUCAAGCAGAGAUAGCAAAACGUGGAGACAAGCUACUAAACUAUAUGCUCUUUCUAAGGAUAACUCCUACUCUGCCAAAUCUUUUCAUUAAUUUGGCAUCUCCAAUCGUGGAUAUACCAUUCCACGUGUUCUUGUUGGCUACAGUUGUUGGAAUCAUCCCAGCCUCUUAUAUCACUGUGAGAGCCGGGCUUGCUCUUGGAGAUCUAAAAUCUGUUAAAGAUCUAUAUGAUAUGAAGACAUUAACUGUACUUUUCCUUAUUGGAAUCAUCUCAAUACUACCCACAUUGUUGAAGAGGAAACGAGUAUAUGAAUAAACAUAUAGAGAAAUCCGAUAUUGUAUUUUCACACAAACAUAAUGUUAUUGAUUAUAUUGUUACUCAUAUAUCUCUAACACUAGCAUACGUUAGUACUCUGUUUUUAAUAUUUAAUGGGGGAAAUAGAUCAAUAGUUUCACAAAA